UUACAUGUCAAACAGGAAGUGGAAGGUGAUACACAACAUAUCUGAAUUGAUGUCACCUGAGACACAGAACCUGCAAACUGUUUCUUAAAACCCAAAGUUCUUUCUGUUUCUGUUCAUCUUCGGUCAGCACAGACAAGAUCUUCUUAUCCCCUUGUUAUUGUGGUUUGCGGGAUAAUAAAAUCUGUGUAUUAUGUCAAAAGCUACAAAGAGGAAACAUGUGGUGAAGGAGGUAUUGGGGGAUUACGUUCAGCCCACAGGACAGCAGCAGAUAGUGAAGGUUUUGGGUUGUCCUGGCAAUAAUCUCCAUGAGGUUGAGACAUCAGAGGGCGAGCGGUUCCUGGCGAGCAUGCCAACCAAAUUCAGGAAGAACAUCUGGAUUAAGCGAGGUGACUUUGUUAUUGUUGAUCCCAUCGCUGAAGGAGAAAAGGUCAAAGCAGAAAUUGCCUUUAUCCUCUACAAAGAUCAUCAGCGUCUUUUGCAGAAGGAAGGGUUCUGGCCUUCAGGAUUUAAUGAGGCUAAGACAGAGUCUGUGACUACAGAUAAAGACAGCAACCAAAAAGCAGAAGCGCAGAGUCCAGAUUACAAAAAAACAGACGGUGGGGAAAGUGAGACAGACUCAGACGAUGACAGCAAUCUGUUUGUAAAUACUAACCGGGUCACAUACGAAGAUAGCGAAGAGGAGACAGAUAGUGAGGAAGGCGCAGAAGAGGAAAAUCAGAAGAUCAGAGACUAUGUUUAGGGGACAAAAGAGAAGAAUUUAUCUUCUCAUAUAGUGAAAGCACGUUAUACUGAGAUUUGUUUGGACUUUUUUUCUUGGAUUAUGGGCGUAAUCUUUCUUUGGACGCAGCAUUCCUCUAAUACAAGGAUGAUUUAGAGAUCUAGUUAUGUAAUAAACAUUAUGGUGGACCUGCCUGGCUGCCAUUUUGUUUUCCACCAUAGUCUAUAUGAAGGUUAAUGCUUUCUGGAACGUUUCUCAGGAGUUGAGCAGUGCAUCAGUUUUGUCGUCUUCCACUUUCGGACCAAGAGAACUUUUCAUUACAGGAGAAAAAAUAAAUUGAAAAGUUUGGUUUAUGUGCCUGAAAAGUCAAGGAAACAUGAAUGUUCUUCUUAAAUCCUUGAGAUUUCUUUUGUGUUAGAUGGGGGUCAAGUACUUUUCUUACUUGAGAAUUAUUUUAGGUUUUUUACAACAAUCUAGUUGAUCGCUUUGUGCCCCCUAAAGUAAAGAUAAGAUUUAUCUGAACUUUUUGACCAAUCAGCAUUCAGCAACAAAUAGACAAUUUCACAGUCGGCUUUAACACUUAAAGUCUGAGCUUUAUUUUUGUUCCAUACAAUAAUUAUUGUCGAUAUUCUUACAAUGCUGACUUAACUCCACCCAAAAUAAAAAGUAUUAUAGCAAACUAAAAA